AUGCCGCUCUGUCUCACCUUCAUCGACUUUAAGAAGGCCUUCGACUCAGUUGAGACGGAAGCGGUCGUGGAAGCCUUGGACAACCAAGGCGUCCCUACUCAGUACAUAAAGGUACUUCGAGAGUUGUACAGUAACUUCGCGACCGGAAUUUCGCCAUUCUACAAGAAUAUCAUCAUUGACGUGAACAAGGGGGUCCGGCAGGGUGAUACAAUCUCACCCAAAAUAUUCACAGCCACCCCGAGAACGCAAUGCGAAAAUUGGAAUAGGACGACAUGGGAGUGA